AUGGAGAGCAAAGUUCUAAACUUCUUGUAUUUUCAGUUGUCAGUUUCAACCACAAAAACAUUUCUCAGGCGGCAAGCACAGGAAUCGAAAAUAUUAACCAUUGAUGUGAAGCCAGGGUGGAAGAAAGGAACAAAAAUUACUUUCCCAGAUAAAGGAAAUAAGCAGCCAAAUCAGCUUCUAGCAGACCUUGUAUUUGUAAUUGAUGAGAAACCCUAUAAUCUUUACAAAAGAGAUGGAAAUGAUCUUAUUGUCAACAAAAGGGUGUCACUAGCAGAAGCACUAGGGGGCACUACGAUAAAUCUAACUACUCUUGAUGGCGGUGGUGGUGAUGCCACCAUUUUCUAA